AUGACGGACUCGAGACGAGAUGAUUCGGUCUCACCAAUGACAAGAAGCCCUCGCGCGGCAUCACCAGCCAUCACGAGCCAGCCAGAGUCGCUUGCUCCUCCAGCUCCUCCGCCGAAAGAUAACCCUCCGGCUCUUCCCCCAAAGGAUCUCCCGACGCCAAAAGACACGCAUACCCCGAUCGAUUCCACGGUGGAAGCACGAGAUUACAUCAAUGGGGGAGCACCUCAUGACAGCGUGUCACCCGUUAACGACGGAAGGCGGCCGCAGCUCCCAACCCUCAACUCCACCGAUAGCGUACGUCAGACCCCUGGCGGUCUGCCCGUGAUGCCCGAAGACGAUACAUACUCCCCUGAGCCAGCUUCACCGACCGAUCGCAGAAGCGUACAAUUUGCCAGAACGGACCAGGUCCUGGAAGCCCCCGCAAGCCAUUCGCGGCAGCCAUCAUGGGACGACGGUGGAAAGUCCAUCGGCUCUGCCUUCAUUUCUAAACUGAAGCAGCUCACCGGCUCUGGCAGCACGCAGACCCUCAAGACGAGCAGCUCCGGUAACCUGAACGAGAACGGCACGCCGCCGUCCAUGGGUAGCUCGCCCACCACCGGCCAGUUCAGAUCAAGAAUACCUCAUACACUAGACGAGGAUGGUGGCAGCGAUGCUGAUGCGGAUGUUGAGGAGACGGCUGAUGAGGGAGCCACAUCGGAUGCUGUCAAGCCCAAGAAGAAAAGGAGAAUGCGCCGCUCAAAAAAGCAACACAUGUCUGUCCCGAGUACCCCCAACCUGCGGCAUCUACCCGGCCCAGACUCGCCCGUCGGUUACGGCCGGAUGGGUCUGCGAAGGCGCUUGAGUAUGCCAGACCACCCCGAGCAGCAGCACGGCAUGUCGGAAGGUGAAGGACGAGACCAGCUUGCAGGCCCCUCAUGGAUAAGGUCUCGCAAGAAUACCGGAGACGGCACUGAGAGCCCUGGAGGAAGAAGAAUGGGGCACGUCCGUCGCAUAACUGUCCUUGGUGGAGGCGGGGUAUCGGAGGGAGACGCGAUCACGCCCAAGAGACCUUUUUUCGGCAGCGAACGAGCAUCGACUUGGAAAUACGUCAAGAACACCUUGAAGCUCCUUAGGCAGAAGAAAGAGGAUCGUUUCGAUUUCGCAAAGUCGGCAGAACUCAUGGCAGAGCUGCGAGCCGGAGCGCCCGCCGUUCUCAUGUUGGCCAGCAUGAUCCAAAGGGAUGAGCAUGGCAAUAAGCGAAUCCCUGUCCUUCUCGAACAAGUGCGCUUGCGUAUUACUGAUAGUCAACCCGAGUCCGACGACGACAGUGAGCGGCAUUGGGUCUUCACAAUGGACCUCGAGUACGGCAGCGGCCCAAGUCGAAUGAAAUGGGUCAUUAUCAGGACUCUGAAAGACAUCUACAAUCUCCACGUACGAUACAAGCUUGCGAUGAGCAACGAUAAGUACUUGCAUGGGCGCGCCGAUGUAGGAGCCCGACCCAAAAUGCCCAAGUUCCCCUGGGGCGCCUUCCCCUAUCUUCGCAGUGCCCGUAAUAAGGAUGACAGCGAGGACGAAGAUGACGCAAGCAUUCGGGGCGAUGAUCUAGGAGAGGUCACCGCUGGCGAAGGGACUGCUGCUGAGGGUACCGCAGGAGAAGGUACAGCAAGCGAGUGGGAAGGCGGUCGAGCUGGCCCUGGAGUUAGGAAGAAGUCACGCCUCGGCAUGCUCGGUAUGCGUAGGAAGUCGACCGGAUUUACUGAGCCCGGGGACUCGGGUGGCGAGAACCAAAUCGAUCAGGUUCAGGCUCGGAAACGGUAUUUUGAGCGUCAAAGAAGGGUCCUUGAAAAGUAUCUCCAGGACAUGAUUCGGUGGUUAAUGUUCCGUGCGGACAGUAACCGUCUUUGCAAGUUCUUGGAGUUGUCUGCUCUGGGAGUGCGCCUAGCUGCUGAAGGCAGCUAUCAUGGCAAAGAGUGCUACUUGCACAUCCAAUCCUCCAAAGGCAUGGAUUUCCGUCGAGUCUUGACACCAAAGAAGGUCAUUGCUCGCCAUAGUCGCAAGUGGUUCCUUGUGCGCUCUAGCUACAUCGUCUGUGUCGAAUCACCAGAGAAGAUGAGCGUCUACGACGUCUACCUCGUGGACUCCAAGUUUCGCAUUGUUUCCAAGAAAAGCACAUUGAAACAGUUGUCCAAGGGAAAGGCCAAGGCCGAGGAAAAGGAGAUCGACCUGGCGGAAGAGGGCGAUGCUGAGAAGCAUCACACACUGACACUGCAUACAGCUGAGCGAAAGGUCAAAUUGUUUUCAAGAAACCAACACAUCAUGAAGCAGUUCGAAGACUCAAUAGCAGAGAUGCUCAAGCAGACUAAGUGGUAUGACACCAACCGCUUCGACAGCUUCUCUCCAGUCCGAAAUGGCGUAUUUGCGCAGUGGCUUGUAGACGGCAGAGAUUACAUGUGGAACGUAUCUCGUGCGAUCAGCAUGGCCCGAGACGUGAUUUACAUUCAUGAUUGGUGGCUCAGUCCCGAGCUUUAUAUGCGUCGACCAGCCGCUAUCAGCCAGAAGUGGCGUUUGGAUCGACUCCUGCAGCGAAAGGCCCGAGAGGGUGUCAAAAUCUUCAUCAUUGUGUAUCGCAAUGUCGAAGCUGCUAUUCCGAUCGACUCUGAGUACACCAAGUAUUCACUCUUGAACCUCCACCCGAACAUCUUCGUCCAGCGGUCUCCCAAUCAAUUCAAGAAGAACCAGUUCUUCUUCGCCCACCAUGAAAAGCUGUGUAUCGUCGAUCACGAUGUCGCAUUUGUCGGUGGCAUCGACUUGUGUUUUGGCCGUUGGGAUUGCCCGCAGCAUCCGAUUACAGACGACAAACCGACGGGUUUCGAGCACAGCGAGCAGCCAAAGGAUGCUGAACAUUGCCAACUCUUCCCCGGAAAGGACUACUCGAACCCCCGUGUCCAAGAUUUCUUCAAACUCGACGAGCCGUACGAGGAGAUGUACGACCGAAGCAAGGUUCCCCGAAUGCCAUGGCACGACAUUGCUAUGCAGGUCGUUGGUCAGCCAGCCCGAGAUUUGACGAGACACUUCGUCCAAAGGUGGAACUAUGUCAAGAGAGGCAGGAAGACGACCCGUCCUUUGCCGUUCUUGCUACCGCCUCCUGAUGUAAAAAUGCACGAGCUCGAUGCCCUUGGGCUGACGGGUACUUGCGAAGUUCAGAUCUUGAGGUCAUCCGCCAACUGGUCUCUGGGCAUUGAGCAUGUCGAGUGCAGUAUCCAGAACGCCUACGUCAAGAUGAUUGAGGAUUCCGACCAUUUCGUUUACAUCGAGAACCAGUUCUUCAUCACGAGCACCGAGGCGUUCAAUACAAAGAUUGUCAAUCGCAUCGGUGAUGCGCUUGUCGAGCGCAUCAUCAGAGCUCACGAGAACGAUGAGGACUGGAAGGCAUGCAUUGUCAUUCCUCUCAUGCCUGGUUUCCAAAACACUGUCGAUGAACAGGAAGGCACCAGUGUUCGUCUCAUUCUGCAAUGCCAAUACCGCAGUAUCUGCCGCGGUGAAGGCUCGAUCUUCGAACGUCUUCGUGCUGCCAACAUCGAACCGGAAGAGUACAUUCAGUUCUACAGUCUGCGACAGUGGGGCAAAAUUGGCCCCAGAAAUGCUUUGGUCACUGAGCAGCUUUACAUUCAUGCCAAAUGUAUCGUGGUAGAUGACCGUGUUGCGCUCAUUGGUUCCGCCAACAUCAACGAGCGGUCCAUGCUUGGAAGUCGUGACUCUGAGCUUGCUGCUGUUGUUCGUGACACCGACAUGAUUUGGUCAACAAUGGCAGGCAGACCUUACCAAGUCGGCCGGUUUGCGCAUACCUUGCGACUUCGCCUGAUGCGAGAACAUCUUGGCCUGGAUGUAGACGAGAUCCUGGAGGAAGAAAGGCAGGCCGAAAUGGACCGCCAAGCCGAGUACGAGGCAGAGAUGGAUCAGAUUUACGACGAGGAAGCAGAGUCACCUCCUGUCGCAGGGCCGAGUGCACCGCAGUCAGCCAGCAAACCGACCAAGCCAGCAAUGCCAGGACAGGCUGCAAGCUUUAACCAUGAUGCCGCAGAGGCGGAAGCGGCAGCCGAGGAAGCGUCCUCAGUGUCCUCUUCAGAGAAGGGCAAGGACCGCGACGAUCGCGUAACCGGCAACGAGGCACACGACCUAGAAGUCGCCGGUUUUGGCAAAGACCACUGGAAGGAAGCCGCUCAGCUUGGCCUUGACAGAGGACGAGACUCUGUCAUCAUCAAUGGCCGCGAGGUCCUUGUCAACAAUGUGAACUCUGAAGGAAAAGGCACUUUGCAAUCGCCGAUGCAGCCUCACGAGCGCAAGCUGUCGGCUGAUCACCACACGGAAGAGGAGGGCGGAGUCAGCAACGAUGCCCUGCCGCCGAUCCCAGCUCUCAACAGACGGACCACAGACCAACUCGGCCUCCCUCGCACAGCUGGGCUUCCCACACUACCUGCUGUAGACGAUACUGAUAUUGGCGGACCCCCUGUUCACUUGGACCAGAGCGGCCAGCCGACCAACGGCCCACUGCAUCCUCUGGCUGCGGAUAUCAGGCAAGCGCACAUUGAUAAGGAUUGCAUGCGUGACCCCGUCAACUCAACGUUCUUUGACGACAUCUGGAACAGAGUCGCUGAGAAUAACACGAAACUGUACCGCCGCGUUUUUAGAUGCAUGCCCGAUUCAGAAGUGCUUACCUGGCCCGAUUAUCGAGAGGCUGUGUCUUACACGGAGAGGUUCAGACAGAGCAUGGAGGGCCAAACCAAGACCGAUGACGGAGAUCCCAACUUGAACCGUCACCAGACACCUGUCAGCGGAGGUAGUGCCGGUAUGGGCGCGCCAGGCCCCGGGGCUAUUGCGAGCGCUGUAGCGGAUAAGACGGAAGAGAAGCUGCACCUCAAGACCAACCACUCGAACCAUCCUAGAAUUGUCAUCCCGGCAGGUGAUGACCACGACCUCAACGAGAAGAGCGAGCACCCAAGUUCCCGAGGCGGGCUCAACCUCAACAUAGACGUGUCGGCAUCAUCAAAGCGUCCACAAGAUGACCCAUCGCCCAUUCUUCCUGCUGGAGACGUUCCCUUCCCGGCCUUUGAACCAGGCCCUGCCGCCGACGCCAGCAUGUUGGAACCAGCACGAGAGAAGAGUAGGGAAAGAAGAACAACCUUUUCCCCUCUAGAGAAGCCGCCUUCGAGAGAUGUGAGCAUUCCAGCUCAACAAGCCCAAGGGUCGGUUAGACGCCGCCGACGGGCCACUACUAAGGGCAGCCGGCGCGGUAUGCCGCCUGAAGAGGUGCUUGGGCGGGCCGAAGCAGAGGAACUGCUCAGCAUGAUUCAGGGGCAUGUCGUCAACUUCCCAUAUGAUUGGCUCCUGACUGAAGAACAAAACGGCAACUGGGGAUUCCAGGUAGAUGGUGUCGCGCCGCUUCAAAUCUAG